ACGAACUCCACCAACACAUUGCAAUCUCGACAAAUUCCGGCCUAUCCAGCAACAUUCGCGUAAAGGAAACUUAACGACGAAUCAUGGCUGUCGGAAAGUGAGUUUCUCGCCCUAUGAUCCUUUCCGACGAUGAUGGACGAUUUCGAGGCUGCGGCCGUGGAUGGAUGGCGGGGCAAAAUAUACAUGACGAGGACGAGCUCUAACAAUGCGACAGGAACAAGCGCCUUUCGAAAGGAAAGAAGGGUCUCAAGAAGAAGACCGUAGACCCUUUCACCCGUAAAGACUGGUUCCAGGUCAAGGUACGCGCAAUUGAUAGUCAGAUACUUGGUUCGCGACGGCUAACAGAUAUGUCAGGCUCCAUCCUCAUUCGCAGUUAGAGAGUACGCACCCUAACAUCCCUCGAAAUAACAUCUCGCAGAUUCUAAUUGAUUUCGCAGUGUCGGAAAGACCCUUGUCAACAGAACCACCGGUCUCAAGAACGCAAACGAUGCAUUGAAGGGAAGAAUCUUUGAGGUUUCUUUGGCAGAUCUCCAGAAGGAUGAGGACCACGCUUUCCGCAAGGUCAAGCUACGUGUCGAUGAGGUCCAAGGAAAGAACUGCUUGACCAACUUCCACGGUCUCGAUUUCACAUCCGACAAACUUCGAUCCCUCGUCCGAAAGUGGCAAUCUUUGAUUGAGGCAAAUGUCACAGUCAAGACCACCGAUGACUACCUCCUCCGCCUGUUCGCCAUCGCCUUCACCAAGAGACGACCAAACCAAAUCAAGAAGACCACAUACGCCGCCUCUUCCCAGAUCAGAGCUAUCCGAAGAAAGAUGACCGAGAUCAUUCAACGUGAAGCCUCUACCUGCACCCUUACACAACUCACUGCCAAGCUCAUCCCAGAGGUUAUUGGUCGCGAGAUCGAGAAAGCCACCCAAGGCAUUUACCCAUUACAAAAUGUAGGCUGAAUCCUGGAGAGAUGGUAAUGGAAGAAUUGUCUAACAUGAUAUAGGUCCACAUCCGCAAAGUCAAGCUCUUGAAGGCACCAAAAUUCGACCUCGGCGCUCUUCUUAACCUCCACGGUGAAUCAAACACAAAUGAAGCUGGUGAGAAGGUUGAGCGGGAGUUCAAGGAGCAGGUUUUAGAGGACGUAUGAACGGUUUGAUGAUGAAUGUCACGGUAUUGGGGUUUUCUUCAACUGGUUAUUUUGCAUGUAGUCAAGGUCUUUGCUUGGGCAUUUGGCGUGACGUGCGUAAAUCAGGUCUAGCAUAGGAGCUAGCAAAAUAAAUCUCAAGCGUUCAGAACAAAAAAGAAAAAAAAUAUUAUGUAUUCUCGAGUUGUACAUGGGUGAUUCAAACUUAUUAAUUGGAGUGGUGGCGAUGGUAGUGUUGUGUUGUAUUGUGUUGUUGGCUACUCAUGGAAAUCUUGGCAAGGGUGCAUCUGACGUCGCUGAUUCAGUUCACACUUCCCAGGCUGCCAGUUUGUGGACAUCAAAAGGCAACUCUCUUUGCAACUCUCUUCCAAACCACCACAUUCUCUUGGAAUAAAUCUUUCAACAUGGCAUCAGACGAGUCCUUACCAACGCUAAAGAUCCUCAUGAUCGGACCAUCAGGCGCAGGCAAAUCCGCUCGUAAGAAACUAACUAUCUGACCGCUCGCCUGCGACUUGAUGCUAACCGUAUUCCCCGCUUCCCAGUCCUGAUACGAUACUGCGACGACCAGUUCGAUGCCGAGUCCUCGACCGCGACGAUAGGCGUAGACUUCAAAGUUCGUUUAUCUUGCCAUCCUCUUGUCUGCAUCGAUGGCAUGUACAGUAUAGAUCACUAACCCAACUCAAAUAACCAGUUAAAACGCCUCUCCGUCCAUGGAAAACCAUACCGACUGAACCUCCUCGACACGGCGGGCCAGGAACGCUUCCGCACCCUCUCGAACUCGUACUACCGUGGUGCACACGGCGUGAUCCUCGUGUACGAUAUCUCGAAUCGGGAGUCGUUCAAUGCUAUGAAUCGUUGGUUUGAGGAGGCGGAGGGGAAUGCGAUGCCCGGCGCGAAGCUGUUCCUGGUCGGGAGUAAGAGUGAUAAGGUUGCGCAGAGGAGGGUGCAGGAGGAGGAGGGGAGGAAGUUGGCUGAGAAGUAUGGGUGUGGGUUUUGUGAGGUGAGUGCGAAGACGAGGGAGGGUGUUCGGAGGCCUUUCGUGGAGAUUGUGGGGGUCAUUGUGGGGGAUAAGGAGUUGAUGGCUAGUGGGGGACGGAAGGGGGCCACUGUUGCUGUUGCUGGUGGGGGAGGAGGGUUUGGUGGUUGUGCUUGUUGAGGAGAGGUGUGGGAUGUUUGAAGUGGUGGGAUACUUCAAGAUUGUAGGAUGUUAUAAGGAUGGAUUGACACGAAUACUUUUCAGAGGAUGGAUGGCAUACAUUGGACAUAGGGAGGGAGUUUUUCUUUUUGGCAUGGACUUUAGCAAGCAUGGGUCGGCCAUUACACAUGAUACCCUUUUUACAUUAGAUUGUUGUAUUCUAUAUUUCUCUUUCUACAAAUUCUACAUAUUACACCUCGGGUUUGAG